AUGGCCUUUGUGGGAACUAGCAUGGCCAGCCCGGUCUCAGCCAUUAAUGAGGUAGUCGACAUCACCGGAGAGGCCUUCCAGGAAAAUGAGGCUUGCCAGGUCGAAAAGGCCGCUCCAGAGCCAGAGCAUGUGGUAUUCGAUCCGUCCAAGCAUCUCGCUUUUGUGCCUCCUUCGAAGGUCCACACGAUGAACGAGCUCGGCUACCCUAACAAUCGUGGAGUUUCCCCUGUUGGCGUCUCCGAGCCAUUCUCACUAUUUUCGGUCGAAGCUGUGGAGCACAUGCGUAAGGAAGUUCUCACCAGUGAGGUUUAUGCCAAGCAUAAGUACUCGAGUGAGAUUGCCGAAUGUCAGCUAAGGGGCUAUGCAGCUGAGUGCGCUCCAUUUGUUUAUGACGCUUGGAAAAAUCCUGAAACACUUGCUAUAAUCUCCAAAGUCGCCGGUGUCGAUCUCGUCCCGGUUAUGGACUUCGAACUGGGCCACGUAAACAUUUCUGGUCACAAUGAAGAGGAGAAGCAUGAAGCCGUGAAGGAAGCCGGGGUAUUGGGUAAGGGUAUUGCCGUGAAGCCCAGCAACGAUGAUGCCAUAGUCGACUGGCACACUGACAGCUACCCCUUCGUUUGUGUGACAAUGCUAUCCGACUGUACCAAUAUGAUCGGUGGAGAAACGGCCCUUAGAACGGGCAACGGCGAUAUUGUCAAAGUCAGGGGACCGCAGAAGGGUUCGGCAGUCAUCCUACAAGGCCGGUAUAUCGAGCACAAAGCUCUCCGUGCUUUGGGGGCGACCGAGCGAAUUACCAUGGUGACUUCCUUCCGGCCUCGGGCUUCGUCCAUCAAGGACGACACCGUGCUUACCACCGUCCGCCCAAUAUCGGACCUCAAUGAAUUGUAUCAUCAGUUCACUGAAUAUCGAUUCGAAAUCCUUGGCGAUCGUCUCCGUGACGUCAAUAAACUUAUGCGAGACCAAAAGCGAGCCCGGCGCACUUUUGAUACGCGUGCUGCGAAACUCUUCAUUCGUGAGCAGAUCGAUUUUUUGGAACACAUGAAUAAAGAGAUCGUGGACGACGAAAAAGUGAUCAAGGGAGUGAUUGAUGAUAGUCACCUUGUGUCAGAGGAUCUGAAGCUAGAGCGUUCCCGGAAGCGGGCGCUCGCAGAUGUCGAGUAG